AUGGCUACGAAGGCUGGUGAGGAUCUGCUUUCCUUGUCCGGUGUGUUGACCGAAUGCUUCGGGAAGGGCAGCGACUUCACGGUCAUCGUGGAAGAGCCCUCAUGUGACAGUCCUCGCAGUGUACGAAAUUCUGAGGCACCGGUGAAGUGCACGGAGUUCAAGGUGUGGUCUGUCCUACUUGCCCAGUGGUCCCCAGUCUGUGAGAAGAUGAUCCGCUCUGAAAGCUAUGCGGAGUCACAGGCUGCGCAGGUCGUCAUCAAAGACUUCUCUGCUGGUGCCGUUGAGAUCUUCCUUCGUUUCAUGCAUUCCGGUACUGUCGGGCGCUUUGCCAUACCUCUUGUGGAGGUGGUCGCACUGGCAGACAAGCAUCAGGUCAAGGCUUUGCAUGAUGCGUGUUUGUGCUUUGUGCGACAAGAACUCAAGUCUCGACCAGCUGUGGCAUGCGAGGUCUUCGCUUCUGCGGACCGUUUUCUUCUAGCAGACUCGAGAACAGAGGCGCUCGAUCGCAUCUUCAUGAACCCUGGAGAGGCCCUAAGAAAGCGUCCAGCACUGGACCCGGAGCUAUUGGAGGAAAUCCUUGGGGUCAGGCUUGCUGUGCAUGUCAGAGUGUGCGCUUCAAAAAACCCUCCGGAGCUGGGGUGA